AUUUAUUGCAAAGCUACCAAUGCCGGUGGUGCGCGCCAUCUCUCUCUCUCUCUCUACCACUUGAAAAAAACAGGUGAGACGUAGGAGCAUCGCUAGCCAUGAGGAGUCCUCUCUUCGGAGGCCGCCGCUCGGGCUCCGAUGGCGGCACGCCGGUCAACUUGUCUCACUCGGCAAGCACGUCCACUUUCUCCUCAGCCUCCACCACCACUUCUCGGAGGUCAGCCGCCACCGCCACCGCCGUCGAUACCAGGAACCCGUUCACCGCUGUCGCUCGCUCCAUCGCGGAUGCGCUCGUCGCUUGCUUCACUCCCCCGGAGCCGGAUAACAACAACUCCACCAGCACGUUCAAUGAUUCUUCUGCGUCAAGUUCCGGAAGCAGGCAGAGGCGUAAUUCAAAUCAAUCGAUAUAUGGGAGCACCAACAGUUCAACUCACCGCAGAGAGCCGGGGAGUAUGAAGUUCACCAUUCAAGAAAUCCUCAAGGCGACUAAAAACUUCUCGCCCACCUUAAAGAUCGGACAAGGAGGAUUUGGAACGGUCUACAAAGGUCAUCUUGAAGAUGGGACGAUAGUUGCCAUUAAACGCGCAAAGAAGAUUGCGUAUGAUAAACACUUAGGAGCUGAGUUUGAAAGUGAGGUUAGGACUCUUGCACAAGUGGAACAUCAGAAUCUAGUGAGAUGCUAUGGUUAUUUGGUGCAUGAAGAUGAGAGGAUUCUUGUGGUCGAGUAUGUUGCAAAUGGAACUCUUAGGGAGCACUUGGACUGUGUGAGUGGCAAUGUUCUUAAUUUUGCUGCACGGUUAGAUGUUGCGAUUGAUGUGGCGCAUGCUGUCACUUAUCUACAUAUGUAUACAGACCAUCCUAUCAUACACAGAGAUAUCAAGUCCUCCAACAUUCUCCUUACUGAGAAUCUACGAGCAAAAGUGGCCGACUUUGGUUUUGCACGACUGGCAGCUGAUAGUGAGAUGGGAGCUACGCAUGUUUCCACUCAAGUCAAAGGCACUGCUGGCUACUUGGAUCCGGAAUAUCUCAAAACUUACCAACUCACAGAGAAGAGUGAUGUGUACUCAUUCGGCGUCUUGCUGGUUGAACUCAUCACAGGCAGACGCCCCAUUGAGCCUAAACGAGAAGUCAAGGAGCGCCUCACUGCCAGAUGGGCAGUGAAGAAGUUUGCAAAUGGUGAUGGAAUUAUGGCUUUGGAUCCGAGGGUGGUGAGGUCUCCUGCGAAUACCUUUGCCCUCGAGAAGAUUUUCGAGUUGGCAUUGCAGUGUUUGGCUCCCCACCGGAAGAACAGGCCAAGUAUGAGGAAAUGCGCGGAGGCUCUUUGGGGCAUCAGGAAGGACUACAAGGAGAUGUUUUCGGAUGUGAUCCACGAGUAAAUCAGAGUGCAGGCUGCAGCAUGUCAUGCUUAGCUUAGCUGAACCCAUUUUUCAAGCAACCGUUGCUGUUUUCGAGUGUUGAGGAGAUGCCGAGGAAGAAGCCACUGUCACAGGGUAGUCAAAUGGUGAUAUUGUACAUUCAUAUCAAUAUUUCAUACAGCAAGUUUGGAGAUUUUAAGGUGGUUUGCUUAUUUUUUUUAGUUUGCAUUUUUGGCUUGUCUAUAUAUACAUAGGUAAUUCUGUAGAGAGAGAGCAGAAAAAAAAUAUUGCAAAAUUUUGAACUACAUAUACUUUUUCUUCAUUCA